CUGUAAGCCACUCCCACUGCGUGCUCCUCCUCUCACAGACCAUGAUAGAUCAAGGAUUUUCACCUCUGUGGAUUAAUUUCAGAGCCUUUCUUGUGUAGAAGAUUCUCAGGAGUACAUAGAGAUAGAGGCUCCUUCGUUCACCUUGGUUGCAGCUUGUGGGACAAGAAAAAGUCGCAAUGAUUGCCGGCAGUGAGGUUUUUGAGGCGCAGCUCCAAGGCGAAGAUGAUUGCGUCACGGAUAUGGUGUUUAACUACUAUGGGGACCAAAUGGUUUACGCCACAAUCCGAGGCACGCUUUCGUUUUGGACAAAGAAACAAGCGACUUCCGCUUCAUCUACUACUCCAUCCAGAACGAGCCAUCCAUCCCAGGAGCCGAUGGAUAAUACUACCGCACUCUUUGAGGAGCAGGAUUUUCUUUCCGGUACCACAAGCACCACCGAAAACACGACGACCGCGGCCGCUAGUUCGAGGAUGAUGAUGUUUGGGAAAAACAACAAGCCACGAUUUGAAUCGUCUGCAACUGAUCAUGAGCCUCCGAAGUCUUUGUGGCAGGAAUGCAGUUCCAUCGUGAAUGCACACGAGGGUCCGAUCUGGCGCAUAGACUGGGUCCACCCGGAGUAUGGGAGUAACAUGAUAAUCACCUGUGGGGGUCUGGAACGGAAUAUCAAGGUGUGGGAGGAGCAGCAAGACGAUAGUACAAACGAGAAAGUACUAUGGCGAAAGAUCUACGAGUAUCAAGUGUAAAAAUGUCUGGGUCUGGAAGAAUUCAUGUUUGUCAUGCUUGUCUGGCAUGACUCUUAAAUCUGUCAUGCACGUUACCCAAGAGCUACGCUUUUCUGUGAUGCAGAAGCGCAGUUUGUCAUGCAGAAUUCGCAACACCUAGGAGCUCAGAAACUUGUCAUGCUGAGCCAGCAUUUGUAGCCUCAUCAUGAGACGCCACCCAGCAUUACAAGUUUUCAGACCCAGACAUUUUUACAUUUGAUAACGAGACACCGGGCCCCAUCGCGAAGAGCGGCCUUGGAGUUGACGGCGAUCAGUUUUUGGAUUACGACCCUGCCGAGCAAUAUAGAAGUGUCAGGAUUGAAAUCGUCAAAGUUGAAAUAGUUUGUCAUGCAUAAAAUGGAGGCCAGUUGUGCCCCAGUUUCCAAGUGGCGCAUGACAAAGUUGGGUAGAGCCGAAAUCCAGUCUGUCAUGCUGUUUAGGCAAAGAAGAAUGCUCCUGUCAUGUUAUUUUAGCAGCUCAGUUUCUAUCCCUCAACAGGCUUACAAUCUGCCUCACUUGCCUACUCUGCAAGACAGGCACUCUUUGGGCUGCAUUUUAUGCAUGACAAAUCAUUUCAACUUUGACGAUAAUUUCAAUCCUGACACACGCAUAAGCAAGUUUCCGACGUGAAAUUCGCGCCGCAUCACUUCGGACUGAAGUUCGCCGCGGCCAGCUGGAACGGGGCGGUGACCAUCUACUGUCUAGCUUCCGAAGAGGUCAAGCCGCAGCAGUCUCUGCUGGUGGGACGGGGCGCGCCAGCAGUUCUGUCGGCUGCGGAACGCGAGCCCAAGGUGAAGAUCUAUUGGAUGGAGUUUGAGGAGUUUCAUGCCGAAGGAGAACUACGUGAUGGGGAUGAAGCCGGGGCACCAGGUGGAAUAUCAAGUACUAGCGGGGACUGCCCAGGAAAUGAAAAUGUGCCUAAGAACGAUGAAGAGCAGCAGGACGCGGUCGUGUCCUCGUCCCGGCAACAAGGUCAACAACAUCUUUCAGGAUCAUUGAUGGCGAUUCGCAGAAAUGCUGCCAAAACGACAAACCGGUACGCCACACUGACACCAAAAAACGAGGCUCCACCGAAAAAGAACGCGGGAACGAUCGCGCUUGCCUGGUGUCCAUACAGACAUCAGGAAUACAUUGCUUCGGUAUGAUAACGACAAAAAGAAAAUGAUCAUGACUUGUUUUUGGGAAUUUCAUUUUUACUGUCGAAAAAUAGCACGACCUACCAAUUACCACGGAAUACGAUUUUUUUUUUUGAGAUGAAGAUCCGGUAGUUCUUCACUUAAUUUUCCCUACAGGUAAAUGUCGAUGGGCAUUUCUACAUCCACGGUAGGCCACCGACAUCUGAUGAUGACCGGACACCGUUUGGCUUUCCCGAAGACAGUAGAUUUCUGGCACAUAAGCGCCGGACUUGGAUUCAGCUGCACCGCGAAAGGCAGGACGAAGAAAUAAAACCGAAGAACACGGACGUGAAGGACGUGGCAUUCGCGCCUAACCUGUGCAGACCGUUCGAGCUCCUAGUCACGUGUGGAACCAAUUUCAGUGCGAAGCUCUGGCGCUUCGAUAUAGCUCCGGUUAGGGUUCCUUGCCGGAUCCCGGUCCCUACUGUCCCCAGAGAUGCACCUUCUUCCUCUGCGGGAGGUCGUCCUGACAGCGGGUUCAACAGCUCCUGCAACCCGAGCCCUACCAACACGACCGAGGACAGAGACCGAUUUGCAGACUAUUACGAGUUUGACACGAAGUUGUCCCUCUUGAAGGUGCUAAGCACAGAGCGAGACAUCGUUACGAACCCGUCGCGCAAUUUAUUUGGUCUUCCUGAUCCAUACUUGGAUGAUACAACGAUUUGGCGCUGCUCGUGGAAUGUUUCCGGUACGGCGUUUACCCUGGCGCCGGGUUCCGGUCGCCUCCAGGUGUGGCAACUGCGGCACGUGCCAGGAGGAUUCGAAAAAACCUGGGUCCAAAGCCAUACCGUGGACCACACAGAUAAUUACAUCUCGAUGAAGCAGGUGGAGGACGAAGAUAGGGGACCGAUCGACAAGGCCGAAUUGCGCAACAGAACAAACAGCGACACUGCAACUAGAGGUCAUGCGACCUCCUCCUCUGGGAUGGAAACGAGGACAGCACUCAUUCCAGAGGACACAAGCAUCGCGGUUGCUGGCAGUGCCACGGGUAUAAUUCAUCAGGGGCUCACGCUCCGUAAGAGUCACAAUCUCGCCCCCGACGAGCGCCGCGCACCCGCCUCGGGAGGAGCAUGAAAAAGGCGCGGCUCCCGCAGGAACGGACGGGCCAGUGAGCAGGAAGGUGUGACAUCAAGGUAACGAAAGCGAAAUAUAAUGACAAAAUAUGAAGACGGGUGUGUGGAGAAGGUAGACUUAGAAGGAGAACAACUGUGCUCCUCAGGAAACCGAGACUCACAUUUGUUCCAAAAAACUCUACUCAAGAGUGACAUCUGAUGCAAGAAGCCGCCACCGCGCAAUAAAAGCACUUACACUUAAGUACUCUCAAAACCACAUGUGGAGGAUUUUGCACGAAGCAGGUUAAUAAUGAACUUGAACGCGACAGCAUUCUGGCUAUAUCGACUUAGAAGAUGCAUCGGAAUUUAUUUUUAUGAGUGGUCCACCCCCCCUGUAACUGCAUCGGUCUCUUGCAGAAUACAGCUAUGGCUGUUCCUUAUGGAAUGGAAAUCAAUAUCAAAUGAAAAUGCUUUUUGUUUUUUGUACUUUCAGGAUGAACUACAUUUUUGUGGUUGUGCAACUACAU